AUGGUCAAUUUAACAAGCCUCAACCCGUUCUCCCCCAGCGUGAAGGCUACUGCCGUGGUAUCUGAUUUACGGAUCUACCCAAUCAAGUCGUGUCGCGGCAUCUCCGUGCGCUCUAGCUUCGUCACCAGAAAGGGGCUUGAUCUGGACCGAAACUGGAUGUUUGUGGCGCCCAAAGAUGGAAAGCAGCACAAGUUUGUCACUAUUCGAGAAAUCUCCGAGCUCACCUUGGUCGAGACCGCGUUCGCUAGUGCAGCCGGUCACGUCGCAGAGGGCGGAGAAGACGAUCUCGAACUCGUUAUCAGCAUUAGGAACCACCCUGAGAAGCGCGUGAUGAUACCGGCCAGGCCGACUAGAGAAUGGCUAGAGAAUCACACAAAAUACGACAAAGUCGACAUCUGGGGCCUAGAGACAGAUGGUUGGGUGUAUGGCGAUGAUGUGAACUCGCUCAUCAGCGACUGCAUCAGGCAGGAUGUCAAGCUCGUGUACAAAGGCCCAACGCCAAGAUUUCUCCGGGGAAAUGGCGCUCCUGAUCAGUUGGGCAGGGAGGAGUCGACGAACUUCCCCGACGUGCUACCCUUGCUCCUUGCUAACGAGACAUCACUGCACGAACUUAAUGGACGCCUCAAAGUCAAGGGGGCAAAUGAGAUUACGAUUGAGCGCUUUCGACCGAAUAUCGUUGUUCAAAGUGGUGAAGCUUGGAGCGAGGAUGACUGGAAGAGGGUUCGCAUCAUCAAUGGCGAAGCCCCUUCUGGUACUUUCGUGACCUCGGGCCCCUCUACCAUCGAUAUCGAUGUCCAAGCGCAUUGUGCACGAUGUCAAGUCCCAAAUGUGAACCCCGAGACCGCUGAGAAGAACGCACAUGAGCCCUGGGAUACCCUGGUCAGCUACCGCCGCAUUGAUGACGGUAUCAAGUGGAAGCCAUGCUUUGGUAUGCUUAGCUGCCCCCGCAAUGAAGGACGGGUUAGAGUGGGAAUGAAGAUGGAGAUCAUUGAGACAACGCAGAACCAUGUAUAUAUCAAAGGUUUCUAG